GUUUUGAUGCACUCUGUGUGAGCGUUGGGAAAAUUUUGUUUAUACUUUUUGUUUACAAUGUCCACGUGUUCACAAUUUGAUAAUCGUCUUAUAGAACUAGUGCGUUCCAAUCCCAGUUUAUAUGAACGCGAAGUGCGUAAGUCACCUUAUGAUUCCAGUAAGAAAAAGAAAACUGAAUUGUGGUGCAGCAUCGCAACAUCCUUAAAAACUGAUGUCAACACCUGCAUAACACGAUGGAAUUUCAUUCGGGAGAAGUUUCGCAAAGAACUGCUGAAGGAUCACUCCGAUUGGGACUUUUUGCCCAAGCUACAGUUCAUUGCACAACCCAAACACCACAGCAACAAUGGCCAUCACAUUGGUGAACGACAAGUUGUUAAUAGAACGGCACCUCUAACUGCUAAUUGGAAUUCGCAAGGCACCGAGGAGCUCAUCGAAAACGAUGAGGAAGAUGCGCUGCAGGAGGCAAUGGAUGAACAGCAUGCAUCUACAGUUAAUGUGCAACCACCGCUAGCAACAGCAGCACCACCACCGUCUGACACAUCGUUCAGUGACGGCGCCAUGAAACGCAUUGAGGCUCUGCUGCAGGGCUUGGGCGCCAAUCGUAGUAAGGCUGAGAAAAAGAUUGUGGCCUAUUUGUGCAAAUGCAAUCUGCGUGCUCUCAACGACGAGCAAAUCGAUGAUAUAUUUAUUUAAAUAAGUCUUGAGUAUGUAAGUC